CCUAGUCCUGUGAAUAUCCUAAGUUUUUCUGUCAUGGAGCGCCCAUGCAGGAUGUAAAACUCUUUUUAGUAUUUAGCAGUGUGUUAAGGACGACAACCUUCUGCAUGAUCUUAAAUUCCGGUGUUGUUAUGUGCUGUUUGUAUUUGCUACCAACUUAAUCGAGGAGUGACAAUAGCUAUCUAAGGAAGGGUAAUGGCCUAUUGGCCCAUUUUGAUUAUAUACAUUACUGAUGGGAGUUUUUUCGUAUUAUGGGAAUGGCGACAGUAGAGUCUGUGUUGGAGAUAUAGCUUGUGGACCAGGCUGUCACUGCGAUAUAUUUCAACGAAGAUCAUUAAGAAUCAAAUCUUUUUCGAGUGUUGAGACUGUAAGUGGAACCGUCAUGUGGCCUUAAUUAAACUGAAUCCGCGUCCCGCCAUGAUGGCCUUUUGUCUGCGUCCGAGACUCCACAGCGACGAGGAGAGCGAGGAGUCCUCUCCGCCGUCGGCCUCUUUCAUCUCCUCUCCUGGAGACUCCGAUGUGUUCCUGAAGGAGUCCGCCUUCGGGAGCUUCAACUCCGACGCUUCCAGCCUCAUCUGGCCCCAAGUCUCCCCGCGGCGCCUGCGGUUCCGCUCGUCCUCGUCAAGCCGGUCGUCCCAAGUGAGUUCGAGCAGCGAAUCGGACAAGCCGUCGCGCCAAGGAUCUGUGAAGAGGAUCGUACGCUCUCUCUCGGCCAUCCUACGACCCAGCAGCGAAGGAGACGACCUCGAGCUCGUGCUGCAGCCCACCGCGUCCCUCCUGCACGAUGUGGGCGAGGCGCUGCUCCACGUGUACCGCUCCAACACCUUCCCGUCGGAGGGCCUCUGCGCGUUCCAUCAGAAGCUGACGGUCCUGGUGAUGAGUGGAGGGGGAGCUAGUUUGACGGGGACGUGGCGCCAUCAGGUGGUUCCGACGGGGACGCGGCUGGUGGCGGUGCGAGUGGCCAGCCCGAGGGACGGGGACCGCGUGGCUGCGCUGCUGACGGCGUGGUCCUGUCUCUACGCCACGACGCUGCCCCUGCUGCAGGCUCUCCUCGCUCCUGUCACUAGUCUAGACGUGAGGCGUGAUGUGCUGCAGGCCUUCCGAGACUCCGUUCUCCCGUACGCUGGGCUGCCCUCGGCCCUCGCCUCGGUUCACUCCACCUCGCCCUCGACACGAUGGAGACUCAAGCAGAUGCUCUUGCUCCUGGCUCGUCUCGAGCCGUGCGAAUGUCGUCUGUCUUUUGAGAAUUGCGAAGGAGAGACGAAGGAGACACAGGAGAGCAGCCAAGAAAGAGGAGACGUAGAAGAGGAAGAAAUGCGGGGAGAAGAGAGCUCUUCAGUCACGAAGCUAAGUCAUACAACCGAGGCGCUGGGACUGCUGUUGCAAGCGGAAAUGGAGAGCACGCACCUCGCCCGACCCGUGUUGCAGAGGCUCCUGCACUUGCACCACGGCGGCGAGAGUGACUUCUGGGCCUCUCAUGAGCUCCAGCAGCGCCCUUCCUCAGGAGUGCGUCUGGAAGUUCCCGCUUCGCCUCGGCCACUGCUGGUGAGGAACCUUUCGAGUGUGGAUACGCUGGAGGACCUACUUCGCUCCGCCGCCUUACGCUGACGCUGGAGGAGGAGGAGGAGGACGACGACGUCGCGAAGAGCAUGAAAGGAAGGGGCGAAGGACACCGCGGGAGACAUAGUGAAAGAAAGUAGGUGGACUUGGCGAAGAAAAGAGAUAACGAAGGGCUUGGCGGGCGACAAGGCGAAGGAUAUGGCGGAAGACAGUAAAAGGCAUGAAGGCCUGAGAGAAGUCAAGAAAUAACGAUGGGUAUGGUGACAGGAAUGGCAAA